AUGGCGUUGGAGUCGAGCAGCGAGACAAAUCUCUUUCCUCCCCCGGCACUUUCCAUUGUCCAUGGCGACGCCGACGUCCCUUUGCUCGACUUUACGUUGGCUGAGCUACUCGACUUCCAAUGUACCAAAUACAGCUCUAACGAGUGCUUGAUAGUACCAUGGACAGGAGCAAGAUGGACGUACGAACAUCUGCGGCAAGAAAGCGUCUGGCUGGCGAAGGCCUUGGCUUCUCGAGGGAUUCGACCCGGUGAUCGUAUCGGUAUUAUGGCUGGCAACUGUGAGCAGUAUGUCUCUGUCUUCUUUGCUUGUAUGCGAAUAGGUUGCAUCUUGGUCAUCUUGAACAAUACGUACACUCCCUCAGAGGCGCGGUAUGCACUGGAGUUUACAGAAUGCAAGCUGCUUUUCACCACCCCCAGAAUCGGCUACCAUGACAAUCGAAGGCUGCUGUCUAGCUUGACCAAGAAUCCUGGGACACUGGAGGACAUCAUUAUCCUAAGGGGCUAUCCAGGUCAUUUUACGUCGUACACGAGCCUUAUCGAGGCAGGCGCCGCCGCAUCGGGUGAUAUAUUGGAUCACGUGUCCACGCAGUUCAGUGCUCACGAUGUUUGCAAUCUUCAGUUCACAAGCGGCACCACUGGAAAUCCGAAAGCCGCAAUGCUCACCCACUACUCUCUUGUCAACAACAGUCGGUUCAUCGGUGACCGAAUGGCUUUCACAGAAGACGAUGUGUUGUGCUGUCCGCCACCGCUGUUCCAUUGCUUCGGUCUCGUCCUCGGACUGCUAGCGAUUAUGACCCACGGUGGCAAGGUUGUAUACCCGAGCGAGACUUUCGAUGCAGCUGCAUGCUUGAAAGUAAUCUCCGAAGAACAAUGUACCGGUCUUCAUGGAGUGCCAGCCAUGUUCGAUUCCAUUUUCAGCCUACCACGGCCGGAAGACUUUGACUGCUAUCGACUCAGGACGGGUAUUAUUGCUGGGGCACCCGUCCCGAAGCAUUUGAUGGAGCUUCUGUUUAAUGAGUUGGGAAUGACAGAGUUUACGAGUAGCUACGGUCUGACCGAGGCUUCUCCGACGUGUUUCAACGCGUUCCAUGAUGAUCCAAUUGAAUUGAAGCUAUCAACUGUCGGCAAGGUUAUGCCCCAUGCACACGCAAAAAUUGUUGACCACAAUGGAAACAUACUUCCCAUCGGCCAGCGUGGUGAAUUGUGCAUUGCCGGGUAUCAAUUGCAGCGGGGAUAUUGGAGAAACUCAGAGAAGACGGCUGAAGUGAUGAUUCGCGACGAGGAGGGAGUGUUGUGGUUGCAUACAGGCGAUGAGGCCGUCUUUCACGAUGACGGCACAUGCACAAUUACUGGUCGCUUCAAGGAUAUCAUAAUCCGAGGUGGAGAGAACAUCUACCCUCUGGAGAUUGAAGAGAGACUCGUUCAGCAUGAAGCCGUUGAGCGAGCAAUCGUCGUGGGUGUGAAACACAGCAGAUAUGGGGAGGUGGUGGGUGCAUUCCUCCAACGAGCAACAAAUGCUUCGGGCAGGUACAGCCACCUUACUGACGAGGGUGUGCGUGACUGGGUGAGGAUGAAGCUUGGGAGGCACAAAGCUCCGGCAUACGUCUUCUGGCUGGGUGAAGAUGGUCUACCAUCUACUGUUCCUUUGACGGGCAGCGGAAAGGUAAGAAAAUUCGAGCUGGCAAAACUGGCGGAGCAGAUAUUGUCCAAAGAGAGGGCAAAACUAUGA